UUGUUGUUGUGUUAUAAGGAGGAUGACUGCGGGACGGCGGGACCGACCCCAUUAUCUUCCUCAUCGACUAAUAGACAAUUGAGAAAUUUAAAAGAGCGGGAAACCUCGACGGCCGUGACUCAACGACCCGAUCCACACAGAAAUGACAAAACAACAAUGUCAAUAAUAUAAUAAUAAUAAUAAACGCUUCAACGAUCGACCUAUAAAGACUCCGAAAUCCAAGCAACGUCCGAGGAAUUCCCAGAAACACUGAAUUUUCACAUUUCCCAAACACAGUUUCCGCUGACAAUUUUGAUGAGAUGAAAACCCACAAUUACAAGGUGUUUAAGUGCUUCAGCAGGAAGUUCAAGAUCGGCGGAGUGGAGCCUCCGCCAUAUGUUAAGCUUAUUUUUGCGAAAUAUUCCGGUGGAGGGACCCACAUGGGGCCCGCCCAGUUCAGCCGCUUUCUGGCGGAGGUUCAGGGCCAGGAAGGUUGCACGGUGGCGGACGCCGAGAGGGUCAUGGAGGAGGUUGCCCGCCGGCGGCACAACCACAUUGGAUUGAUCGAGCAUCAGCCUUGCGCCCUCACACUCGAUGACUUCUUCCAUUACCUCCUGUCCGAUGAUCUCAACCAAGCCAUCAAAACCCAGGUACACCAUGAUAUGACUGCUCCGUUGCCACAUUAUUUUAUCUACACAGGUCAUAAUUCAUACUUGACUGGAAAUCAAAUCAGCAGUGAUUGCAGUGAUGUGCCAAUCAUAAAGGCCCUGCUAACAGGCGUGAGAGUGAUCGAGCUCGAUAUAUGGCCAAAUUCCACCAAAGAUGAUAUUCAGGUUAUUCAUGGAAGGACACUAACAACCCCAGUGACCCUCAUCAAAUGCUUGAGGUCCAUAAGGGAGUAUGCUUUCAUCGCCUCUCCAUACCCUGUGAUAAUAACUCUAGAAGAUCAUCUUACACCCGAUCUUCAAGCUAAAGUUGCAGAGAUGGUUACUCAAACAUUUGGGGAUAUGCUGUAUUACCCUGAGUCCGGAUGCCUAGAAGAAUUCCCAUCCCCAGAAUCAUUGAAGUAUAAGAUUAUUAUUUCGACAAAACCGCCAAAAGAGGAUGUUGAAGCCAAGAGAAUCAAGGGAAAAGAAAAUCCUUCUCCAAGAAAAGAAAAUUCCUCUCCAAGGGAAAGGGAUAUGUGUGAAGAAUCAUCGCAGAAGGAGGUGUCUGACCUACUAGCUGAACUGGAAGCUGCAGAGAGGGAGAGUGAGAGCUACGAGUAUGAAGAGAACAGCAGCAGUGAUGGCGGAUCAGGCCAGUCAGAGACGCCUAAAUACAAGCUCCUAAUCACAAUUCAAGCGGGGAAGCCAAAGGGUGGGUUGAAGAAUGCCUUAAGGGUUGGGAGUAACGAGAUUAGACGUCUUAGCUUGAGCGAACAGGCACUUGAAAAGGCUGCUGCCUCUCAUGGAACCGAUCUCGUGAGGUUCACACAGAAGAAUGUUCUGAGGAUAUACCCUAAAGGGACGCGAGUUAACUCAUCAAAUUACAAGCCAAUGCUCGGGUGGAUGCAUGGAGCUCAGAUGGUGGCAUUUAAUAUGCAGGGAUAUGGAAAAUCACUCUGGUUAAUGCACGGGAUGUUUAGAUGCAAUGGAGGGUGCGGCUAUAUAAAAAAGCCUGAUUUCUUGAUGAAGAAAGGUCCAUAUAGGGAAGUCUUCAACCCUAAAGCAACCCUGCCAGUGAAGACAAUCUUAAAGGUGGGAGUGUACAUGGGCGAUGGUUGGAGCUUAGAUUUCAGCCCAACACACUUCGAUACAUACUCCCCACCAGACUUCUACACAAAGAUUCACAUAGUUGGAGCACCUGCAGAUAAUACUAAGAGGAAGACGAAGAUAAUAAACAACAACUGGUUUCCAGUAUGGGAUGAAGCUUUUAUGUUCUCAUUGACAGUUCCAGAGCUCGCUUUGCUUCGAAUUGAGGUACGAGAACAUGAUAGAUCCGAGAAGGAUGAUUUUGGUGGGCAGACAUGUUUGCCGGUCUCGGAGCUCAGGCCUGGGAUCCGCUCAGUUCCUCUGUUCGACAAAAAGGGGGAGAAGUAUAAAUCUGUGAGGCUACUCAUGGAGUUUGAGUUCUUAUGAACUCUACAUUGCCUUUUCCUUUCAAACAAAUUUCAAUCACAUUAUAGGUCAUGUACAAAAAAGAAUGCAAGUCAUUAUCAUUUGAUAGUGGGGAUUUUUACUUGCUUUAUGUCAAAGUUAAAUGAUAGAUUUGAGAGGCAUAUUAUGCUGAGUA